AUGAACCCGGGGAACAGUGAGCCCCGCCAAGUCGCCAGCGAAUCACCUCUUCAAAGCAGCCGCAGGGCGAACAAGCGUCGCCGCCACGAUCAGAACGGGGGAGGUGGUGAACAAGACGGCCAGAAAUACCCUCCAACAAGGGAGGCAAUAGUGUCCUUCGAGUGUCCGUUUUGCAAACAUGAUCCGCACCGAUAUGCCGAGUGUCGGGGCUACCAGUUAAGUCGUCUCUCGGAUGUCUUACAACACAUCAGCCGACAACACCGACUGGUCGAGGUCAACAUAAAGCCUAACGGCACAGUCCGAGAAGACGACAUCGUUCUCUAUUGUCCAUUUUGCCGCCAUCUGUUCCGUGGCAUGGGUGCUGCACAUAGACUCCGAGUCCAUUCCACUGCGGGAAACCAAUGUCAGAUAACGAAUAUCGAAGAAUCAGGUGUCAUGUUGGACGGAGAAGUCGAGGCCCUGAAGUCAGAGCUUGGGUCAUGCAAGGGGAAAAGUGAAAGAGAAAGGUGGUUCAUUAUCUGGAAAAGGCUCUUUCCAGGGCAACAACCUCCACUGUCGCCCUACGUUGAAAUCUGUGUUUCACGUCUACAGAUGGAGUCGAUACUCCACGAUGAGCUUGAAUCUAUACAAGGUUUUCCUCCAGAAGGAUCCCAAUCGAUUGUUAGACGAUGGGUGGAUAGAAUCUACAAACCUUCGCCACAACCCCAUAUCGGCCCUUUCGUACCCCCACAAGCACAGUCGAGUAAAUUGCCGACAACACCAGUGCCAACCUACAGUAGCACACCCCACAUGCAUUCUGAUACAGAACUUGCAUCUCAUACUUUGCAACCACAAACGCAAGGCUUUGAUUACAGCUCUGACCCAACCUAUCUUGGUGUUCAAGGAACGCCGACUGGGGUACAGAGAGAAAAUUCCUUUAACUGGAAUAAUACGUUAACUAAUUACAGUGCACCAAGUCCAAUUCCGGGCUCUGGGGCACAUCCGAAUUCUGGGAGCAAUUUUGCUUCCUCUGAAUAUUUUACUGUGCCCGGCUCUGGAUAUCCUCCAGUUCCGUACGUUGGAUAUCCCACCGGCUCUUUCGAGUCGGUAAAUCAAGACAAUGGAUACUUGAAUACACGCAGAAACACUACGGGUCACCGUGGCUCACACUAUUGA